UAUUGUAGUGAUACUGUACACAGAUAAAGUGAGUCACUCACUGAGUGACCUUUCUCUCUCCUCUCACUAGACUGAACAUGAACAAUCGUGCUUACAACUUUAAAUUCUCCUAAUCUAUUUUUCCUUGUACUCUGUAGUAAUUAAAAAACUUUUUCCCUCUUCCAACAAAACCUCCCAUUUUACUCCCCUCCACAUCUGAUUAAACUAAAAUCAAAUUUCUAGGGUUUUUGAAAUGCGCCAAAAACUCUAAUGGCGUCGAUUCCUACUUUACUGUCGGAAAUCGCUUCAUCAUCUCACUGUUGUUCAUUCAAUAACACUCCUCGUCACCGGAGUAACGGUAAAUUUUCCGGUACCGGCGGUUUUCUCUCUCUUCCAGAAGCUUCGCAUUGUUCUAGAAGGUUCUCCACUUCAUUCUCUUCGUUGAUUUGUUGUGCUGCCGUAAAUUAUUAUUAUCGACAUCUUCAUAGAUCUGUUGCGCGCAAGAGAUGGAGAGUUAUUGCGAAUUCCAAUGCCACUGCAUUUCGUGUUUUGGAUGCUCAUGUUAAUGGCCAUACCUCCAAUCUUGUGGGUGUUGAAAUCCCAGUUUCUUGCUACCAGAUCAUUGGCGUUCCUGAAAAGGCAGAGAAGGAUCAGAUAGUGAAGUCUGUGAUAGAUUUGAAAAAUGCUGAAGUUGAAGAAGGAUACUCAGUGGAAGCUGUUGUAUCUCGUCAGGUAGAUUUGUUAAUGGAUGUCAGAGAUAAACUUCUUUUUGAACCUGAGUAUGCUGGGAAUAUUAAGGAAAAAAUUCCACCUAAAUCUUCCCUUCGAAUCUCGUGGGCUUGGCUACCUGGGGCUCUUUGCCUUCUGCAAGAGGUUGGAGAAGAGAAGCUUGUUUUAGAUAUUGGUCGAGCAGCACUUCCGUACCCUGAUGCCAAGGCACAUGUGCAUGAUGUUCUACUUUCUAUGGCUCUUGCAGAGUGUGCAAUUGCCAAGACCUAUUUUGAGAAGAAUAAAGUGUGUCAAGGAUUUGAAGCUCUGGCUCGUGCCCAAUAUCUUUUGAGAAGUAAAUCAUCUCUUGGAAAAAUGAAGCUUCUCUAUGAGAUAGAAGAGUCUUUGGAAGAACUUGCACCUGCUUGCACACUGGAAUUGUUGGCAAUGCCUCAAACACCAGAUAAUGCUGAUCGUAGACGUGGAGCAAUUGCAGCUUUGCGAGAAUUGUUAAGGCAAGGUCUUGAUGUAGAAGCUUCAUGUCGGGUCAAUGAUUGGCCCUGCUUCUUGAGUAAUGCACUUGGAAAACUACUGGCAUCAGAAAUUGUUGAUCUGAUUCCUUGGGACAGUUUAGCAUUGACUAGGAAGAACAAGAAAUCAUUUGGGUCUCAAAAUCAGAGGGUCGUGAUUGAUUUUGAUUGUUUCUACACUGCAAUGAUGGCUCAUAUUGCUUUUGGGUUCUCUAGUAGACAAAGAGAUUGGAUUAGCAAAGCAAGAUCAAUAUGCGAGUGUCUGAUGGCGUCCGAUGGUACUGAUCUGAAACUUGAAGAAGCGUUUUGUUUGUUCCUUCUUGGACAGGGUAGUGAGGCAGACGCUGUUGAAAGGCUACGUCAGGUUGACUCCAGUAAAAGCUCAGGAUUAAAGAACUCAGUCUUAGGAAAGGAAGAUAGAGAUGCUCCUGCCACAGACUUUUCAUUAGAAAAGUGGCUUAAAGAUGCUGUGUUGUGCUUGUUUUCAGAUACACGAGAUUGUUCCCCUUCAUUGGGUGGCUUUUUGAGUCAGGAGAAAGCUAUUGCCCACAAGCAAAGUAGAGGUUUAUCGCCUAGUACAAACAUAAACCACAGAACAAUAUCCCCUGCUGUUGCACCUGAUCGUAUAGUGUCUGAUGAGCGUCUUGCUUCUUUGGUGUCCUCGCAACAUCUUGGUUCUGCUGUUAAGCAGUUGGCUCCAAAUAAUAUGCGAAGUCCAUUACAAGAAUACAAACCUGCCCCCCAGAGCGGUACAUGCACACCAUCACCACAAUUAAAGCGAGAUCUUGGUAGCCAUCAGCAUACAGUUGCUACUAGCUGGAUGGCUCAAGUGGAUAUUGUUGGACGUAUAACAUUUGUCAUGGUUCUAGGUUGUUUUGUUUUUGCCACUUCAAAGAUGCUGGGCAUGCAGAGUGCACGAUUCUACGACUCCAGAAUGGCCAAUAGAAAAACCUUGAGCUCUUCUCUUGGCAAUCACUCUGAGCAUAAUGGCAUGCAUAACAACUUUGCUGCAGCAGUGCAGCAGUUUUUAUCAACUUUGAAGUUUGGGACCACACGUCAUUCCAACACAGGAAACAGACAGAAAUCGUCUCUCACUGCUAGCUUAUCUUCUCCUACACCUGCUGUAUAUAAGAGAGUAAUGAAUCUAGAAGCAGCUGAAGGUCUUGUAAGGCAAUGGCAAAUGAUUAAAGCGGAGGCCCUUGGACCUGACCAUCAAAUUGAUUUGCUCUUUGACAUUCUUGAUGAGGCUAUGCUGCUUGAGUGGCAAGAUUUGGCAGAUGCAGCCAAGACAAAAUCAUGUUUUUGGAGAUUUGUUCUGCUGCAAUUGUCUGUCCUACGUGCGGAUAUUUUCUCAGAUACCACCGGCGCAGAAACAGCAGAAAUUGAUAUCCUUCUGGAGGAAGCUGCAGAGCUUAUUGAUGAAAAUCGACAAAAGAACCCAAAUUAUUAUAGCACCUAUAAAAUCAGCUACCUUCUGAGACGGCAAGACGACGGUUCAUGGAAGUUCUGCAAAGCUGAUGUAGAAGUUACAUCCUGAUACACCGUGAUUACUGUAUAUGAUAGCUCAGUAGAUAGUACCUUACUAAUUUCUUUAGGUAGUUGAGUUCAUUUUUUUCCACUGACCAGGACUUGUAUAAAGAAAGUAGCUUAUAGUGAUUGCAGCAGUGGCUAUUACUUUUGAAAUUUGUUCAUUAAGAGCACAUUUCUUGUGAUAACCGAAACAUUAGUAACCUCUGCUGCCUGUGAAGUGUGAACACAUCUACAAUUGAAGGAAAUGAAUCAUUCUUUGUAUUUGUCCGAAA